UCAGUGGCUUAUCUUAUGUCUAGGUUUAUAUAUGAACAUUUUUCACUAACUCACGCGGUUUUUGUGCUUUUUUCUUCCCAGGUUGUUGGACGGGAACUACUUCUUCACCUCAUCGACUAUUUGGUAACAAAUUACCGAAGAAAUAGCACGGUAACCAGGAUUCUACAGACGAGCGUCGUACAUAUCCUCCCUACAAUCAAUCCGGAUGGCUAUGCCCGAGCCACCCUGGGUGACUGUAACAGUGUCGUGGGAAGGUAUAAUAGACGCAUGUCUGACCUGAACCGAAAUUUCAAUGAAAAUCCUGCUUCAGCAAAAAAAAUCGAACCUGAAACCCGAGCAAUUAUGAAUUGGAUUCGCUCGAAUACAUUUGUAUUAUCUGCUAGCUUUCACGGUGGAGCCGUCGUCGUUAACUACCCGUUUGACUACACGAGAGGGAAUAUGGAUAAGAUGGCCUACUCAAAAUCUCCGGAUGACGAUGUGUUUGUGUAUUUGGCACUAAAUUAUUCUAGAAGUCAUCACGACAUGCACCAUUCUAUAAAUUGUUCAGCUAAUGAAUAUUUUAAAGAUGGGAUUACAAAUGGUGCAGCAUGGUACCCUCUCAAAGGGGGUAUGCAAGACUAUAACUAUUAUCAUGGUGUGAUGGAAAUCACAGUGGAAUUGUCUUGCUGUAAAUAUCCUCCCGCCGAAACCUUACAAGUUUACUGGGAAAAAAAUAAACGAGCACUUAUAAAUUAUCUUCAGUUGGUUCAUAUGGGUGUAAAAGGCCUUAUUAUGGAUGAAAGCGGGAACCCAGUUUUCAGAGCUAAACUUAGUAUUGACGACAGAUAUAUAACUUUUCGGUCCUCAAAAUUUGGAGAAUAUUGGCGGUUAUUACUACCCGGUAACUAUAUAUUAAAGGUAAAGGCACGGGGAUUUAGGGAUUACCUUUCUCAACCGUUCCGUGUGAUUGCUGGACGAGUGCACCGGUUGGAUGUGGUUUUGACACGGAGAAACAGUUUAACAACAAACAGAAGGAAAUCACAAAAAACAACAAGUCUAUUACGUGAAGUGACUACACAAAAUAUGCUUGGCAUAAAAGGUGCUACAAAACCAAUGAAGACGACACAACAGCAUACGCAAAAAGUGGUUGUAAAUUCCCACGAAGACAAACUUUCAAAGGCGCACACAUCACAAGCUUUAAGGCCGAGCACUUACUUUCUGCAGUGGGCUUUCUUUUCACAUUUACACAAUUUCUCUGAUAUUUGAUUCCACAUAGAUAUGAGACAAUUUUUUUCACGACAAGGCAACUGGGCCGUGUGAGGGACGACAUAAAAACCAACAGAAAUGAAUUUGUAUA